AUGUCACCGGUGCUAACCGGUGUCACCGGUGCCUAUCUGUCGUCAUCCAGGACUGAGCGCUCUUCGGCGUCCUCGCCACCUGGCUCCGGCGCGCUCGGAUUCUCCUGUGACGUCACCGCUGACCCCAGCACCGGCGCGCCGCUCAUGGGAAACUGUGCGCCCGUCUGGUCGGCUGUGAUGUUCGUCUCCAAGGCCGAUCUUCAGAUGCACGUGCAGGUGCACAUGCGCGAGGCCAAGCCGUACAAGUGCAGCCAGUGCUCCAAGGCGUUCGCCAACAGCUCGUACCUGUCGCAACACACGCGCAUCCACCUGGGGAUCAAGCCGUACCGCUGCGAGAUCUGCCAGCGCAAGUUCACGCAGCUGUCGCACCUGCAGCAGCACAUCCGCACACACACGGGCGACAAGCCGUACAAGUGUCGCCACCCGGGCUGCUCCAAGGCGUUCUCACAGCUCUCCAACCUGCAGAGCCACUCUCGCUGCCACCAGACAGACAAGCCGUACAAGUGCAACUCCUGCUACAAGUGCUUCACCGACGAGGCCAGCUUGCUCGAGCACAUCCCCAAGCACCGCGAGUCGAAGCACCUAACGCAGAUCUGCCCGUACUGCGGCAAGAGCUACACACAGGAGACGUACCUGCAGAAGCACAUGCAGAAGCACGCCGACCGCAUGGACAAGCGCGGCGGGACGGGCCAGGCCGUGCCGCAGCGCAUCGACAACCCGUACUGGCCCAAGGACGAGUUCGACGUCAAUGGUGGUGGCCUGCAGUCGCCGCUGGACCCCUCCCGGCUGCACCUGGGUCGCGACGGUCUGGAGCACCGCGUGCUCAGUCUGGACGACCCGCGUCUGCACGCCGGCCGCGACACGCUGGAGCACCGCGUGCUCAACCUAGACGAGCACCGGCCGGCGCACAGCCUGGCACAGAACGUCAUCUACGAGCCGAUGCCGCGCGCCUCGGUGGCCGCCUCGUCGGCCUUCACGCCGAUCCAGGGUGGCAUGGCGCCAGUGGGAAGCGGCGGCCUGCCACUCCAGGUGGCGCCCACGUCGCAGCGCUACUUCUACGACCCCAACAGCUUCCCGAAGGGCGGCGGCGCCGGGCCGGAGCUGAAGGCAACCGCUAACGCCAGCGGCUUCAUUUCGCUGCACCAGAUCAGCAGCUACGCACAGCAGCAGCGUGGCGGCGAGCUGCUCGGCCUCAAGGAGAAGCCGCAGCCGCCGCCGCACUCGCAGUAG